GUCUGAGCGAGAGCAGACGCAUAACUUGUGCUAUAUGAUCGUAACUACCUCCGGCACGACCGGCACCUAUCAAAUUUCAAACUCCUCGCUCCGCCCUGCCACGCCACUCCGAGAUCGACCAGCCUGGCUACACCACUUGUGCAACCGUGGUAGUAUUAGGCCAGGCUGGUCACGAGCCUAUGGUCUCCUAUCAAAGAAUAUGGGAACGACGCAAGUUAAUGGUGAAGACAUCUUACUACUCAGGAUAAAACUCCCCUCCUGGUCCGUAUUUAUCUUUCACAGGUAUCCAAGUUCACUGAAAGAGACAGAUGUUCAGACACACGAACGAUGUAUUCAAACAACAGUGCACGAGCGCCUGAGAGUGAGGAAAUGGCUUACCAAUCGAGUGGCGCAUAAAAGGCGUAUGUCUGAGUGUUUUCGUUACUCUCACCGUCCCCAUCUCGCUCCUCUUUUCAGUGGAAGGUUCUCGCAUAUAUGCAUUCAUCAAUUCCUUUCGUGUACAUCUCAUCUUCGAAAUAACCCUGAACCCCCGCGAGGGGCGAGUGGCAAGAGCAUUAGUAAUUUUGGGAUCAUUUGGACAUUAUAUCAACCACUCGCUACAGUACUGGCACAAAUAACGAACGGCGACUCAAAACCACCACGUUAUGACGGACGACGUAGCCCGAGUGCUGUGGCUAAGUUUUAUCGUGGUACUACCGUCUGGGUGGUUGUUGAAAUGCAAUGUAGCAGUUUUUAACAAUGCCGCAGACGGUACUACAAACCCAACACCAUCCUAGCUUCCCCGGCGAACUCUCACAUGCGCUCUAGCCAAUCCCUAGUAUUUCUGCUCGAAUAGUUGCUGGUAUCCGCUCGUCCCUCUCAACACUCAGUUGUGGCAGUACUCUAACAAUGCCACAUCCGAGCACUCCCGGCGGCGAC